AUGGCAGCGAACAACGAGCUUCUCCGCCGAAGUUUGCCCAAUGUAGGCCCUUUAAUCAUUUGUGGACUGCCACGUACAGGUUCGACAUUUCUCUACAAUUUACUUGCUUGUGAUCCCAACUGUCGUGCUCCACUUUUUACCGAAAUGCUUAUCGAUCCUGUUCCACCCAUUUCACGUUCAAAUUUAAUUGAACACGAACGACGUAUAACUAAAGCAAGAUUGGCUGCACAGCUGUCCGAACAACUAGUAGGUCGACCGAGCAAAGCGACUGCGUCUCAUCCACGUUUUUCUAUUGAACAAGAUCAAUUCAUAUUGCAGCAAGCAGGUGUCAUUCUUGGACUCACGAAUAUAUGUCCUCUCCAGCAGACUGAGGUUGAAGAUUGGUUCUACGAUCAAACAAACAAAAACUUUGCUUAUGAUUAUCACAAGACAUUCUUGCACAUGUUAAAUUCUUAUGAUGCGCCCACUUCUCACUGGCUGUUGAAAACACCUGCACAUGUUCUCUAUCUCGAUGCACUACUCUCUCAUUAUCCACAUGCGUACUUGAUCAUGACUCAUCGACGUCUCGACGAGGUGCUACCCUCGUUUUGCCGUUAUAUUUGGGAACUACUCAGUAUUUAUCUUGAUGAAAAUGAUCCAGCAAGUCGCCCUACACUGAAGACACGAGCUCUUCGACACAUCAAUAAAAUGAUUCAACGCAUUAUUGAGUUUCAUACUCGCUCUAACUGUUUGCACAAGGUCAUUUUUGACGUCACUUACGACGAUUUAAUCAAGCAUCCGAUCGUCACUGUUCAUCGCAUUUACGAACAUUUCGGGCUCCAUUGGUCGCACGAAUUUGAAGUGGCCAUGUCUGAUUGGCUUCGCAAUAACCCCCAAGGUAAGCAUGGUCGAAACACUUAUACUCUAGGUGACUACGGUCUUUCGUAUGAAGAUAUCAAAGAACGCUAUGCUGAUUAUACACAUUUAUUUCUCCAUUCAUCGGCCUUAUCUCAGCUCGAUAACGAUAGUGCUAGCAAUGAGCCAUCUUCAAUACCAAGAAUCCAAUGA